GCUUGGAAGAGACUGAAGUCUUGAAGUCCCAGGGACCUACAAGGUCACCGCGGACGCCCCCUCACGGACCCUCGCAGUCUCUCGCCCCUUUUCUGCCUCCUGUAGCUCCAGGCCUGAGGGUCAGCAUGACCGACAAGAGCGACGACGCGGCGGGGAGCCCGGCCCCCGCGCCCCCGCCGAUCCGACGCCGCUCCUCCAACUAUCGCGCCUACGCCACGGAGCCGCACGCCAAGAAAAAGUCUAAGAUCUCCGCCUCGAGAAAACUUCAGCUGAAGACCCUGAUGCUGCAGAUUGCGAAGCAGGAGCUGGAGCGGGAGGCGGAGGAGCGGCGUGGGGAAAAGGGGCGAGCUCUGAGCACGCGCUGCCAGCCUCUGGAGCUGGCCGGGCUGGGCUUCGCGGAGCUGCAGGACUUGUGCCGACAGCUGCACGCCCGCGUGGACAAAGUGGAUGAGGAGAGAUACGACGUGGAGGCGAAAGUCACCAAGAACAUCACGGAGAUUGCAGAUCUGACCCAGAAGAUCUACGACCUUCGAGGCAAAUUCAAGCGGCCCACCCUGCGGAGGGUGCGGAUCUCAGCGGAUGCCAUGAUGCAGGCGCUGCUGGGGGCCAGGGCGAAGGAGUCCUUGGACCUGCGGGCCCACCUCAAGCAGGUGAAGAAGGAGGACACAGAGAAGGAAAACCGGGAGGUGGGAGACUGGCGCAAGAACAUCGACGCACUGAGCGGAAUGGAGGGUCGCAAGAAGAAGUUUGAGGGCUGAGCCUGCCUGUCCACCACCCUGGCCCUGAGGAAUAAAGCUUCUUUCUGAGCUGGG